AUGACAUGGCAGAGGCUCUCAACUGAGAUUGUACUGGUGGGGAAAGUUGGAUGUGGGAAGAGUGCUUCAGGAAACACCAUCCUGGGCAGGGAGGUGUUUCAGUCGUCAUUCGGAUCCUCAGCUCUAACAAAGACUUGUCAGAGAAAGACACAAACAGUUUGUGGGAGACGGGUCAAUCUAGUGGACACUCCAGGACUGGACUGUGCCGAGGCGUCUUCUGAUAAACCGAUCUGGUCCUUGGGGCUGAACACACAUGAACACAUUAAUGUCUUCCUGCUGGUGAUCCAGUUGGGUAGGUUCACAGAGGAGCAGAGAACAGCAGUUCAAAAGAUGGAAGACAUGUUUGGUGAGCAGGUGAUUGAGUUCACCAUGAUUCUCUUUACACAUGGAGACCACUUGGGAAGGUCAAUAGAGGACUUUAUCCAUAAAGCAGGUGAACCACUGAGGCAAGUGGUAGAGAGGUUUGGCAACAUAUACCAUGUGUUCAACAAUAGGUCUGGUGAUCCAAGCCAAGUGAAAGAACUGUUUGAGAAGAUCAGGAGAAUGUAG